CUUCCGGUGACGCUUGAUCGCUGAACUCCGACUCCCGUCAGCCCCCGAGAAAACCGCACUGGCUCUACGCGUGUGCUGUCGGAACUUGUAGUUUAGCUAUCGGCCGCGCUUCGUAGGCGGAAACGCGGGCGGACAUAGACGGGAACUACCGAGGCGAAGGUACGGGUGGUAGCGAGAGGUCAAUUCUCGCCAAACGUGGGGUUGGCGGUGAGGCCGGCGGCGGUAGUUGGCGUUGGGUGGGAGGAGAUCCUUUCGCACACACACACGAGGAAGGUUGAGCCGCUGUCGCCCUGGUCGCGAGUGUACAGUCCGGACUGUAUCUGCUGCCCGGGACGCCGGCAAGUGAGUCGUUGGCCUCCAGCUCCCCAGUCUUGCCGUCCUCCCUGGGUCAGUGCGGCCUGCUCCUCCCCGGUCGGCCGCCCCCGCCUCCAUUUCCCGCCCUCUCUUCACCACACACACGGCCCCCCCGAUCAUGGAUCCCAGCAGCGGCGGUGGCGGCGGAGGCGGCGGCGGCGGGAGCAGCAGCAGCAGCGACUCUGCGCCAGACUGCUGGGACCAGACGGAUAUGGAGGCCCCCGGGCCGGGGCCUUGCGGCGGCGGCGGCGGCGGCUCCAUGACCGCGGUGGCCGAGGCCCAACGUGAGAACCUGUGCGCGGCUUUCAGCCGGCAACUCAACGUCAACGCCAAGCCCUUCGUCCCUAACGUCCACGCCGCGGAAUUCGUGCCGUCUUUCCUGCGGGGUCCGGCCCAGCCGCCUCUGUCCCCAGCUGGCGCGGCCGGCGGCGACCACGGAGCAGGGAGCACCGCAGGAGGCCCUUCGGAACCUGUGGAGUCCUCUCAAGAACAGUUGUUGUGUGAGGGUUCAAAUUCUACUGUUAGCAUGGAACUUUCAGAACCUGUUGUAGAAAAUGGAGAGACAGAAAUGUCCCCAGAAGAAUCAUGGGAGCACAAGGAAGAAAUAAGUGAAGCAGAGCCAGGGGGUGGUUCCUCAGGAGAUGGAAGGCCACCAGAGGAAAGUACCCAAGAAAUGAUGGAGGAGGAAGAAGAAAUACCAAAACCUAAGUCAGUGGUGGCACCACCAGGAGCGCCUAAGAAGGAACACGUAAAUGUAGUAUUCAUCGGGCACGUCGAUGCAGGCAAGUCAACCAUUGGAGGACAAAUAAUGUAUUUGACUGGAAUGGUCGACAAAAGGACACUUGAGAAAUAUGAACGAGAAGCUAAAGAAAAAAAUAGAGAAACUUGGUACUUGUCUUGGGCCUUAGACACAAAUCAGGAAGAACGAGACAAGGGUAAAACAGUAGAGGUGGGUCGUGCCUAUUUUGAAACGGAAAAGAAGCAUUUUACAAUUCUAGAUGCUCCUGGCCAUAAGAGUUUUGUCCCAAAUAUGAUUGGUGGUGCCUCUCAAGCUGACCUGGCUGUGCUGGUAAUCUCAGCCAGGAAAGGAGAGUUUGAAACGGGAUUUGAAAAAGGAGGACAGACAAGAGAACAUGCAAUGUUGGCAAAGACAGCAGGUGUCAAACACUUGAUUGUGCUUAUUAAUAAGAUGGACGAUCCAACGGUAAACUGGAGCAAUGAGAGAUAUGAAGAAUGUAAAGAGAAACUAGUACCAUUUUUGAAAAAAGUUGGCUUCAAUCCCAAAAAGGACAUUCAUUUUAUGCCCUGCUCAGGACUGACGGGAGCAAAUCUCAAAGAGCAAUCAGAUUUUUGUCCUUGGUACAUUGGCUUACCAUUUAUUCCAUAUCUGGAUAAUUUGCCAAACUUCAAUAGAUCAGUUGAUGGACCAAUCAGGCUGCCAAUUGUGGAUAAAUACAAGGAUAUGGGGACUGUGGUCUUGGGAAAGCUGGAAUCUGGAUCUAUUUGUAAAGGCCAGCAGCUUGUGAUGAUGCCAAAUAAGCACAAUGUGGAAGUUCUUGGAAUACUUUCUGAUGAUGUAGAAACGGAGUCUGUAGCUCCAGGUGAAAACCUCAAAAUCAGACUGAAAGGAAUUGAAGAGGAAGAGAUUCUUCCAGGAUUCAUCCUUUGCGAUCUUAAUAAUCUUUGUCAUUCUGGACGCACAUUUGAUGCCCAGAUAGUGAUCAUAGAGCACAAGUCCAUCAUCUGCCCAGGGUAUAAUGCGGUGCUGCACAUCCAUACCUGUAUUGAGGAAGUCGAAAUAACAGCCUUAAUCUGCUUGGUAGACAAAAAAUCAGGAGAAAAAAGUAAGACUCGACCCCGUUUUGUAAAACAAGAUCAAGUAUGCAUUGCUCGUUUAAGAACAGCUGGAACCAUCUGCCUGGAGACCUUUAAGGACUUCCCUCAGAUGGGACGUUUUACCUUAAGAGAUGAGGGUAAGACCAUUGCAAUUGGAAAAGUUCUGAAACUGGUUCCAGAGAAAGACUAAGCAUUUCCUUGAUGACCCUGCACAAUACUGUGAGGAAAAUUGACUGCAAAGCCUACUUCACACCACCUUCUCUUACUUUCUGCCCAUUGACAAACCUCUCCCCAUAUUUUGCAAAGAAAAUUCACAGCAAAAGUCCACAUUAUGUCAGCUUUCUCAUAUUGAGAGCUCUGCUAUGCCACUGUUGAAUUUUCCUAAAAUUUUGCCCCCCCACCCCAAACUUCGCUUCCCUGGACAGAUUUGGCAAUAGCUUUGUAAGUGAUGUGGACAUAAUUGCCUACAAUAAUGAAAACCUACAGGAAUUUUUUUAUUUUUCAUUUUCCCCUUAGGCAUAGUUAGUCUUUUUCCCCCAGGCAGAUCAUUCUGAGUGUGCGAGUGUGUAUGCACAUGUUAAAAAGACAACUACCAUGUUAAUAAAAUAUUCACUUUGAAACCCUUUCGGUAUUGGAAUUGCUUUUGAAUACUGUUUUUAUCUUAAUGUAACAUUGUUGUAUUAGCUUUUUAACUGCCAAGUAAUUGAAUCCAUUUUAUUACUUGGAUUUUUCUAAGCUCUCCCUACCCACUCACUUUAAAUGAAGCAUUUACCAACACUGCUCAAGUCUGUAUUAGAGGAAAGCUUUUGUCUGAGCCCUUGUAUUGAUGGUUAAUGCAUAUAUAAGCACCUUUAUGCAAGUGUGACACUGCUCUACUAACUAGGUCUAUUGGUUAUUUUCUGCCAAUUUAUAUUUUAGUGUUUCUUAAAUAUGGUUAAGUUGUUUGGAAAUUUAAAAAAAAACAUUACUGUCAACUUUAUAAGUAAAGCUUAAUGAAACUAUAUCCCUACAGACAACUCCAUUAGGUUGUUACAUUAAUGAAAUUCACAGUAAAAGCAUGUUGAGACUGGCAAACACCCUUUGAUUUCUCUAGUUGCUGCAUGCAUCCAGUCUGAAACCCUGUCAGUUCCACUUUGACAAAGUUAACUCACUUUGUCAGUAACACGGAAGGAUGAAGAGCCUCGCUGCUUCAUGCAGUUUCUCAGUCCACAGACUAAAUGAACAUACUUCGUCAUCACAAACUGCUCACACUAACAUGAACAGGAAUAAAUAGAAUCAAGCUCAGAAUAGGUUUUAUCUCAAUUAUUUCUUAACUGUAAGCUGGAAUUUGCUAACCAUGAUUUGGAUGGACCACAGUGCAGCAUUGUGGUGUGGUAGUUUCAGCUCCAAGGGUGACUUUCUGCUACAGCUAUUAUGCCUGCAAUUGUCGGUGAGACUGACUGGGAAGUGGGAGAGGUUUGUCAGACCUCCUUUGUGUAGAGUGUGAGCUUCCAUUUGUGAGAUUUGGCCUCUCAUGAUUCCUAAGAUAUGUAUGUUCUAACGAUAUGUUUAAUGGUAUGGCCCAUCCCUGUAAUCUUGUUCUGCAGAAACACAAAGCCUAGCUAACUGUAUUUCCAGUCACAAAACAAAAUACAGUGAAAUGCCAACUGCAGAGACAGGGCUAAGGUAGUGCCUACAGCUUCUUUGAACUACACACAUGGCUAUUAAAUUGCAUGAAAUUGAAAAUUUAGGAUGUCUGCAAAUAUCUGGGCUUUUAUUUUUCUGUGCUAUAUGAAAGCUCUAAUGAGAACAAAAUACUUCUUAUAUUUCCAUGCUAAUAAGGAAAAAUAUUAGCAAAUGCUUGAGUCUUAAUGAAUCUUUAGAACCUUUGAGUCACUGAAAUUAUUUCCAAAGAUUUCCCUUUUGAAAUUAAAUAUAUCUUUAAAAACAAGUUAUGUCCGCUAUUAACACUUAACAGACACUGUUAAGAAUGCUGUGUGCAUGUUGCCAAGAUUCUUAAGUGACUUGGCCAGCAUCUGUGAAAGGCCUACCUCUAUGUGGUAAUGUUAGGACAAAGGUAAUUCUAAAGUGUUUUCAUUGGAAUUAUAUCACAUCAACAGGAUUAAUCAACUCCAUACAUUUUUAGGGAUUUUGAAGUUUGAAAGAGUGUAUCUCCAUUUAGACCCAUUUUGAAGUAGUGGUUAUAUAUCAGAUAAUCAUUUCAGUAAGGAGAUUAAAUGUCUAAAGUAAACAUGAAAUAUGUGCAGAUGUUGGAUUUUUAAAGAGCAGUGCAGUUUUGUGCUGUCAGCCUGCCUUCUGCAAGUGUAAACUGUUUAUAUGGUUGACAGCGCAGAAGAGGAUAACUACGUUCUGGGUUGUAAAGAUCUUAUGUUUUUCAGCUAUAGAACAUAGGCAUAUUAGCAUCAUGAUUUGGUUUGCCCCAUUUUGCAUUAAUGAUCAUCAUAUGACUUUUAUGCUGUUAUUUAAUCUUUCAAGUAAAUAUAUUGAAUUUUAAGAGAUGGUAUUUAAAAACAUUGUACUUGUCAUCUCUUCCUUACAGUCUGUGGAAGAGGAAAGACAGCAUUUUUUUGUUGUUCAUACAUAAUUUGCUAUCCAUGGGGGGGCAUAUAUAAAAGCAAAACAUAAGAAAUUGAACUCAGUGUAUACUGCCUGAAAUUUAAUGACAAAGCAAUUUGUAAGUGAUUAAACACUUUUUCUCCUUGUUUUUAAUUAUUAAAACUCUUGAAAUGCAUGGUAAUUGCGUGUACAAAAAUUGUAAACUGAAGUACAAGCUAUUUUCUGUAACGGGUCAUUCAUGUUUGCUACUUCUGAAACCACUAGAUCCUCAGUGUGGGACUUUGAACGUUUGGUUGGACAAUUCUUGUCAUCAGUUGAAGUGCUGCAAAUAUUUUGGCUUAUACUUCCAACUUUUACAACUUAGGGAUCCAUGAUGAACAUUUUGGAAAAAAAAAUCACCCAAACUCCCGUGGCCAUCUCCAGAAUACUAGUAAUCCCUCCGUGACCCUGGAUGACUGUUUACACAGGACAGCACUCUAGCACCUUUGCUCACUGACUGCUGCUUCAUUGAAUGAUGGCUUCAUUGCUUUGGGUAGAGACUUAGAUAGUCAAGGGACAAAGCUGUAGCUUUUAAUGUUAGGCAACUUCCAACUAUUAGAACAUUUGUGAAAAUUCCAGUUACAGUACUAUAACUGACUAUAGAAUGAUUAGAUGUUAUAUUCAUUGUUGGCCUACCUUACUAAAAUAAACUGUUCAAUUAAUCCUCUCACAGACAUAUAUGUAAAGUAGAUAGAUAGCAGUCCACUGUAUUUUGGGGAUUACCUCCAAAUUCUGUAUUUAUUUCUUCCAGCUCAUUUUUCAGUGAUUGUAACAAAUGCCAUCUUAUCAUGAUCAUGUUUCUUAAGAGAUCUUGCCACAGCAGCAACUUGGUAAAUAAGUAUAAUUACAUAUGCACAACUUAAUGGUUUAAAUUUAACAAUUGAUUAGAUUCUGUAGUAUGCAGAAUAGAAAGUUUAUUUUCUAGUAGUAUUUUAGUCAGUUGCAUUUGAACCAAUUUAUUGCCAGAUUUCAGUUAGGGUAGAUUUGAUACUUGAUGGGUUUUGUUCUAGGAUAUUCUAAACUUUUAGAUUCCUAGAAUUUAAUGAGUCUUCCCUUCAAUAAAUAUACUUCUAAUACCUCUAAUCCUAUGCUUCCUUGAAACAAUAAUAUGCUAGCCAAGUUGUUUACUAAGGAUUAUUAUGAGGGCAUGGAGGUACUGAGAGGAGUACAGAUUGAAAGCUUGUUCUCCAAUGCAAGGGAAAAAUAGAUAGGCACUAAGCCUGGACAGGCAGAAAGCAAUGGAUUUCUUAAGUAGCCUGAAUCAGUAUUGCUUUGUCUGCCUUUUCACACAUGCCACUGUGCCCUUUAAACCUUGACCUGGAAACCUCAGGUUUGUGGACUGCACAGGUGAAUGGCUUUUUGUGUCUCCUGAAGCUCACCUUUGCUGGGUGCAUUAGCUUAGAGCUUCAGAUGUCAGCCAGAGUCCUUGCUACCUCCAUUUGCUGCCCGGAGAAGAAUUUGUGCUGGAGCUGGAUGGAGCUCUGGCCCUCCUCAGGUGAUGGUCUUCACCUCCAUUUCCUCCACAUGCAUUAGGUGAAACAGGUCUGAGCCUGCAAGUCUGCAUUUUAAGGGACAUGUUGGCAUCUCAGUAAUGCACACACUUCCUAACUAGUUUUAAAGGAGAAAUGUGGAUCUCUCAGGCCAGGAUUUAGUGACUAACUGGUUAAUACCUAGAGCCCAUUUUAAAAGAAGACAAGAUUGAUGAGAACUAGCUAGGUUUGAUAGGUUUUUGGCCCAAUUCCAGAGCAUGGAUGAGUGUUCUAGGUAGGAAAGAAACUCUUUUCCUAGGAUUUGUAGCUACCUACUGUGCCUGACUUGGUGCCUGUGUGAGGAUUAAGCCCUUAGUCUGCUCUUGCAAUUACCCAAAUGACUGAAGUUUAAAAUUUUUGUUUUGUAACAAUAAAAAUUGUCAUCUUUCCUUCUGAUGUGCUUGUCUGUCUUUAUAAUCACAUUGCUGUACUCUGAGCUACUUUAUAAUAUUUUUGUAUCAGGUAUUGGAAAUAUCUGACAGACUUUUUGGAUGGAUGGACCUAACAGGCUGUUACCUCAGAAUUUAAAACAUGUUUGCUUGGUGUUUGAGGCUUUUGUGUGGUUAUGUAAUGACCUUACAGAACAGAAGCAACCCUCCAGGAAGGGUUAUGAGAGUUACUUGAUAAUAAAUAACAUCACAGUAUGGUUUUCUAUGAACAGUAGAAUUGGAGAGAUUAAUGAUUAUUCUGUCCAAGCUAUGAACCUUAAAAAUUCAGGAUUUUUAAUAAAGAUCAAGAGACCAAAUGG